AUAUAUUUUCUUUUUAAGAGGUUUGGCCACAUAAUUCAAUCUGUCAACUGAAGAGGAGUAAACAUGAAGUUUCAUCUCCUUUUCAUUUUUGCUUUAUCCUUUGCAGCUCUUGCUAUGGAUGCUCUACCAGAAGAAGUUUAUUGGAAAUCCAAAUUACCAAACAUUCCUUUACCCAAAGCUCUAAGAGAACUUUUGCUUCCAGAAUAUACAGGAAUCAAAAGUAGAUUUGCAGAUUCAAAGGAUAUUCUUGUAUCAAAGCAAGCGAAUUUCCACUAUAUAUCAAGGUAUAGUGAAGCAUCAUUAGCAGACAUCUACAACGAAACUACUAUAUACUUUUUAUACAACAAUUUUCAUCCUAAUAAAAGGAUGAAACUUAGUUUCACUAAAUUCCUAAAAGGAUCCAAAUUCUUGCCUCGUAAAAUUGCUGAUUCCGUACCCUUCUCGAGCAACAAAUCACAAGAAAUUUUAGAUUAUUUUUCAAUAGAACCUAAAUCAAAAGAAGCUGAGAUCAUAAAACAAACAAUUGAAGAAUGUGAAGCACCAAACAUUACAGGAGAAGACAAAUAUUGUGCUACGUCAUUCGAAUCACUAGUCGAUUUUGUUACCGCCAAGCUUGGCUCGAAAGUUAGGACAUUUUCGAACGAGAUAGAAGAAGAGAACAAGAAGCAAGAAUAUACUAUUUCAAAGGGUAUAAAAAUGAUAGGAGACAAGCAGAUAGUAUGUCACAAACAAAGAUAUAAAUAUGCUGUAUUUUAUUGCCAUGCAACUAAUGCCACAAAGGCUUAUAGGGUUCCAAUUGUUGGCGAUGAUGGAUCCAAAGCUAAAGCAAUUGUUGUUUGUCACUUUGAUACAUUAGCUUGGAACCCUAACCAUUUUGCCUUCCAUGUUCUGAAUGUGAAGCCAGGAGGUCCUCCAAUUUGUCACUUUCUUCUUAAAAGUGAUACAAUUGUUUGGGUGUCUACUUAACUAUGAAAUAAAUCUUCAUUUAGUGUU